AAGAAGUGGGGAAUCCCCUUGUUUUUCCUUAUUAUACACAACUGGUUUCCGGUUUUGCAUCAAUUUACAAAGAAUGUUACGGUAACCAGAAAAAAGAUGUGGGAUUUCCAUUUUUCGGAUACGCUUAACCCCAUAUAAAAGGGCUUUUUGGUAAUGGAUUAUUUAUAUUGCUAUGGACAGUUAUAAUGACGAUAUUGAAUUGUUGAAACAGUCGCCAGACGAAAAUAGGGAAGAUAGUACAACUAGUCAGCUAGACUCUAGUUUAAACCCAUUAGAUGUCAUAAAACGAGCGAGAUAUUCUGACGAAAGCAUUGAUCAGGCUCCGAUACUUGCUCUUCAAACAGCUUUUACUUCCUUACAGAAAAUACAUAAUGAUGAGGUGCAAAAGAAUAAGAAAUUGAUAAGGGAGAAUCAGUCAAUGAAAAAAGCUCUGAUGGAUGCAACUCAGGGGAACCAGCCGAGAUAUGAGAAUCAGGAUAUGUAUGAUACGCAGGUUGCUCACGCAGCAGGGGGAACCAGCGAGGAUGAAUCCCUGGCUGAAAAUAGAGCUAUACAGGGACAUGUUUCUCAUUUAGAAAGAGAACUUUUGAUUACCACAAAUGCUGUACAGAAAGGAAAUGAAGAAAUCUUAAUACUUAAAAACAACAACGAAAUGUUAGAAGAGAAAGUAAAAAAACUACUUAGAAAGAAUGAAGAAUUCCACUCAGAUAAUGUAGAAAUGUCUGAAACAUUAAAAAAUUUGAAUGACGAAGUAGGCAGAAAGAAUUUAGAAAUUGCACAAAUGAAAAAUGCCCUACAGUCAGAACAAGAACUUAACCAUAAUUUGAAACUUAAACUUGAAUCAUCUCAAGAACAGAUUGAUACUUUGCAAAGAACUGGGUAUUCUGGUCAAAGUGAAGUACAGAAUUUAAAACUGAAGUUAACCCAACUUGAAAGUGACUUAAGAAAGUCCUACUCAGCGUCACAAUUUCGAGAACUUGAACGAAAGUUAAAAGAAUCAGAGGAGAGUAAAGGUGUAUUAGAAGCUAAAUGUAAACAGUUAGAAAUAGAAUGUAAUAUAAGGAGUGAACAGAGACAACAAGAAGAUAGUGAUGAUGUAGAUGGUGAUGUAGAAACAUUAAAAAAAGCUCUAGGUAUUCUUCGUAUACAACAAGAAGAGGUUAAAGAACUUAAAGGAAAAAUUGAAGAACAGCAUAAAAUUAUUAUACAGAUACAAAGCACAGGUAAAAAACACCAAGGAAAGUCACUUGAUGUGUCUACAAUUCGACCAGAAGCUCAAGGGUCUUCUUUUAAUCCUUAUCAGGAACAUGUAUAUGAGAAUCAUUCUGAUUUACAUCAAAAUACACAAUUUGUUCAUUCUCCGUUGUCGAGACGGCAAAGUGAUAAGGGAGACUAUAGAAGUCAAGGACCAAAAACAAGUCCGAGAGUUGAAGAUAAAUUACGACCUACUGGACAAUUAACACACAUGGUUGCCAUGGAAUCACACAUGGAUCGUAAACCAUUGGAAUCAGCCGGAGCUUUCCAGUCAUCGACAAGUCCUAAUAGAAACAGAAGUCCUGGUGAAAAUACGUAUGAUUCAAGAUUUAAUAAUAAUAUAGGAUCUAAAGGUUCUGACAAUAUGUUUGUAAGACCUUCAGUUUCAGGCAGUCAGCCGACUUUUGCCCAACAAAAUGUAAGAAGUUCCGUUAGUCCAAGAAAUGGAAAUGGUCAUGAACCUUACACUACAGGAUUCACAGAAUCUCCUCGUAUAAGUAAUGCCCCUAGUGUUUCAAAUAAUCAAGUAUUCUUACAGUCAAAUUCACAAGAAACAGCCUAUGUUCAAGCUGGGGCCAGACCGAGAGUUUCGACAAAAUUAACAGCUACCGGUUAUGCAAAUCACUUUGAAAGUCAAGAAUUUCCAUUAGAUGAUAGACUGAAACCACAACAGAAAAUUCCUGAUAGAAUGACUCAGUCGGAAAUUAUAGUAAAAAAUAGACCAGGGUUAGAUAAUAGUCAAAUGACCCGAUCUGUCCUUGACCCCUUGCGAACCCUUGAAAUACCCCAAGCAACUAGUAAUUAUAGGCAAAAUGACUUUGUACACGGGGAAACCUCCGCAGUUAGACAAAAUCUACUGCAGCAGAGUGCAAAUGAGCAGGCUUAUCAGAAUGACUUUAGAGAACAAUAUGAUAUUGGACCUGAUUAUGAAAAUAUUUAUAACGCAAAUGCACAAACUGAAACAAAACGUCCAAUAGAGGAGCAUGAAGAUACUGUUUUUACGACAGCCAAUGAGCGUGGCUUUAACAUAAUUACCAACCCAGUUCAAGAGGAAACAGGUGACACUAAUGUGGCGGCAGUUAAAAUAUGCCCAGUUUGUAACGAGGAAUGUUCGCGUUUGACCUUAGACCAGUUUCAGAUGCACGUAGUUGAAUGUUUUGAUAAUAAUGAUGAAUCGCCUGCGACUCUCCAGCCAGCAGCUAGCGGGAAACCUCAAGAGGAAGAUAGAACUUGCCCUAUGUGUGAAGCCGUGUUCCCUGUAACAAUACCGCAGGAAUCUUACGAGCAGCACGUCCUCGCACACUUCGGGGAGGAUCCUCAUUUAGGAAGAUUUGAAAUGUUGCAAUAGUUGACGCUUUUUGUUGUGUGAUUUUCUUAUUAGUUUAAUAUCUUUUAGUUCAUUGAACAUAAUUUAUAAUAUUAUUUGAUGUUGAAGUUGUUUUUUUCUUUGCUAGCUAUUUAAAUAAUUAACUAAUUCUAGGCAAUUCUCUUUAACCGUAAAAUUUAAUUUAUUGACUAUUUUAUAAAAGGUUUUGCAUUAUUAUUGAUUAUUUACGAGUAUAUUAUUGAUCUCUUUAGAAAAAAAUGACCAAUUGCGAACAAGGUCAUUUAAUUAGUGAAAAUGUUCAAUGUUGCAGAUAUGUCACAUGACAUUAGAUCAUGUAAAAGCAAUGUUAACAUGUUAAGGAAACUUUAAAUAUUGUUCAUAUUAUAUGAAAUCUAUCUUGUACAUAAACAUGGAUUUUAUUUGCAUUACGAAGAGCUUAAUAUUUGAUUUUGUAAGAUUUGUGAAAAGAAAAUUUUUUGUUAUAUUUGUGUAAGGAAAGUGAUUUUAAGUGUUUGUCCAAAAUUCUUUAUCUAAUCAGUAUUUCAAAAAGAUUGAAAUUUUAAAAUUUAUAUUUAAUUCAAAUCAAUACUAUUUAUGUAAUUUAGUGUGGUGCUUUGUGCCUCUUACUGAAAAGAGUGUUGAAUUAUUUUGUAUUUUUACAUGGCCAUCUGCCUGUUGAUUUGAUUGUGUGUUUUGCAAUUAUGCUUGUGUGUUAAAACAUUGUAACAUAUCCAUAAUUAGGAAAAUGUUUGUUAAUUAAUUAACAUCUGAGCACUAAACAUGUACAGCAAACUGUUUUGUCCAAAUUGAUCUAUAGAUUCGAAAUGAAGUUAAGAAUAAAAGGUAAUUUUUAAAUAUCAAGUGAGUUUGAGGUAAGAGAAAUUUGUAAAGUGUAGAAUCGUGAGUCAGCAGUAAUGAUAUUACACUCAACCUAGAGUACUUACAUCAAAAUUGUAAUGGAAUACAAAUAUUACAAAUAUAUUUUAGUUUGUGUUGGAAGCUUUUAGUUUAUUGAAACAGUCUCAAAUUUGUUCCUGAAACCAACCAGUAAUACCAAUGAACCUUUCUGGUUUUUCGUAGCGGAACAUUUAGCCACACCUUUUCCAUUCAUUGCUAGGUCAACUGCUCACAAACAGUAUCACAAACAUAAGCACGUGCUCUUUUGUGCAAACCAGGUCAACCAGUGACUAUGUAUUAUAUCAGUGUAGCGAUUGGAUAACAAGUUAGCCAAUUUACAUAAAAUUGUAAACACUGGAAAGGUCCAUAAGCAACAAGUGUAAAGUUUCUUGCAUACGGAAACAACGGCUUGCCCUUGACGGGGGUUUGAACUCGUCCAUAGAUUACUAGUCCCACAUGUUAACCACUCAGCCAUGCCACCACUAGGGAAUAUUAUCAUCAGCAUAGAGCAAGGUCAUUCUGUUUGUUCCUGCAGUUAAACCAGACUUUAAUGUAUGCUGCUUACUGUAGAUAUAUUGAAACUAUUAACAGUUGAACUACUUAUAUUCAAAGUCAUUUUCAAUGCCAAAUAGGUCAAGUACCCCUUUCCAAGAAGGUAAUUGUUACAAUUUUACAUUAUCAUAUUGUAUAACAAAAACAAGGAAGUUGUUCAUAUGUGUUAUAUUUAUUUUACUACUUACCUGUUUAAAUUUAUGCGAUGAAUUUGAACAGUCCAUUCAAAGCUAAAGGGAUUUCAGGCUCAUAAUACCAAAAGUUAAGGUAUCCACAGUAUGAAGCCUAGAAGACUACACUGAUGUACAGGCAGGCCUGACUCUAUCAGGGUUUUCAAUUUUAUCUGAUGCAACGGAUGAGCGAACUAAAACAAUUGAUUUGGCUGUGGUCAAGGGGGAUAUUUUAAUCUAUAUACUAAAAAUAAAACUGAUUUAACCGCAUUUUAACUGAUUAUAUGGAUCGCAAAUCUGUUAAUAAUGUAAAUCCUGCUUUAAACUGAUGGCAAAGGCCACUAUUGAGACCAGUAGGGUAGGGAUUGAUAUGUUUGGGGAAUUUUCAAGACAGGAGGGGAAUUUGAGUAAUGAGAACAUAUUAAUGAUACGAGGUACAUUAAUUAACUGCAGCCGUAAACCAUUUGUGUUAAAGGAAGGAUGUAUAAAAUAAAUGUAAACUAAAGAAAAGUUUUUAUAACUUAAGUAUUUAUUCAGGAAGUAUUGAACAUGUACUAGUAUGAUAUUUAAACUCAGGUGUUGGUUUUACAAGGGGUUGAUAAACAAAUAUAUUGUGUAUAUUAAAGGGACUUCACUGAGCUUUAAUAAAAAUAUAUAUGAUGGAACUAGAAAUAAUUUUUUCGAGAUAAAUGCUCAAAUUGAUGCAGAUAUAGACCAAUAAAGUGUGUGAAAAUUUCUGAUUGUUUGUUCACUCCAUUUUUUGAGAAAAAAUAUUCUUAUUGUGUAAAAUGACCAAAGAAUAGCGCAAUAAUACGAUUUUCAAUUGAACCAGAGUAUAUUCCUUUAUUAUCUUUCGCAUAUGUUUCUAUUUUAAGUGCCCCAGCUGAUCUAUGAAGGAAAUUCAAAUUUUAUGUUUUUAAGCUUUAGGACCUCAGUGGAAUUCCUUUAAAAGUAUAAUAAUCAUCAUUUAAUGUACAUAAUAUACAUGUAUAUAUAUGUUAUGCAAAUGAUACCAUUUUAAUUGAAAUAGAAGACUUAUACUGUUGUGGUAGAUUAUACAUUGUCGAGGACAAUACUGAAUUUUAUUGGACUAGUAUACAGCUGUACAAGACCUAGUUUUGUAAACUAUUAUGUCAUACAUAUAACUUUAAGUGCUAUCACAUCAUUUUGUUUUGAGUGCAAUUUUACUGAAAAGACUUUACAAUUGGCUUUGAGCUUAAUAGUUUUAUUGUGUCGCCUUGAAAAAGGCGACAUAUAGGGAUUACUUUUGUCGGCGGCGUCGUUGUCGGCGUCGGCGUCCCCUUAAGCUUGUCCGGAGCAUAAGUCAGUGAUUAUAAGUUGGAUUGACUUCAAACUUGGUAUGCAUGCUUCUUAUAAUGACUGGAAGUGCAGUGCAUAAGAACCGGUACUCUGCACUUCCUAUUUUUGGAGUUAUUGCCCUUUGUUAAAUUUCAUACUUCAUUUUUGUCCGGGCCAUUACUCCUAAAAUAUAUAAGCUAUGGACUUGAAACUUCAUAGGAUGAUAGUUCUUAUUAAGAAGAAGUGAAGUGCACAAGAACUGGUACUCUGCAUUUCUUAUUUUUUGAGUUAUUGCCCUUUGUUAAUUUUCAUACUUAAUUUUUGUCCGGACCAUUUCUCCUAAAGUAUAAAAGCUAUGGACUUGAAACUUCAUAGGAUGAUAGAUCUCAUUAAGAAGAAGUGCAGUGCACAAGAACUGGCCAUCUGCAUUUCUUAUUUUUUGAGUUAUUGCCCUUUGUUAAUUUUCAUACUUUAUUUUUGUACAGGCCAUUUCUCCUAAAGUAAAAAAGCUAUGGACUUGAAACUUCAUAGGAUGAUAGAUCUCAUUAAGAAGAAGUGCAGUUCCCAAGAACAGGUACUCUGCAUUUCUUAUUUUUUGAGUUAUUGUCCUUUGUUUAUUUUCUUACUUUAUUUUUGUCCAGGCCAUUUCUCAAUAAUUAUAAAAGCUUUAGAUAUGAAACUUAAUAGGAUGAUAGAUGUUAUUGAUAGGAAGUGCCGUGCACAGAAACUGCUGCUCUGCAUUUCUUAUUUUUUGAGUUAUUGCCCUUUGUUGGUUUUCAAAUUUCAUUUUUGUCCUGGCCAUUUCUCCAAACUACAUUGUUCACAAGGCGACACAUCCGACUCGCGGAGUUCUAGUUUAUUUUAUUUUAAAUCUGUUUUUCUGAGUUUUUUUCCACAAUUCUAUCCUUCACUUUACAUGUAUUGCAAUUUUUCAAUGGUGGCAUUUUAGCAGGGGCUAUAACCCUGUGAUCUUUACAGAAAUACUAUAUAAAAAAAUAACUUGAUAGUCCUGAAUAUUGCAAUUGAAGAUAAAGGUUUGAACCUGACCUGGUUUAGGAUAAGUGAUUUAUAGAUCCUGAUCGACAAUGUUAAUCUUUUAAUAUAGAUUGUAUAUUAUAUUUAUUUAUUAAGUAAUCAUACUUGUAUAUAUCUUAAAACGUUGUGCCUGCAAAUUGUUGCAAAAAUUUCAGUCUUAUUGUUAAGAAACACAGGCAUGUUAGAAUCACAGUGCAACUUUAGCAUAUUUGUUUAAAUUGUAAUUUGUUAAAUUAAUAGAAAUAAUAAAUUUUCAAUGGCAA